AAACAAGCUCACGAGGAUACUACAUACUCCGGAGAUUCCCUCGCGCUCUAUGUAAAAGGCUUCGAGCUCGAGCUCACGCGCGUUUCCUGCACACAAACAUAUGUUUCACUUGCUUUUGGCGCUUUUUUUUUUGCUCCCCAUAUAUAUGUAUUUCUCAUGACUCUCCUCCUCAUUUUCCCAUCUCUAUUCUGCCCAAGAUUUGGAGCAUUUGGAGCAGAGUCAGGGGAAUUAUUUUUCAGUUUCUCCCGAGAUUCCAAAGGCGCAACAUUAAAGUGCAGUUAAAAAGUGAUUUUCUUUUUGGAAAAAUUUCGUUCGUUUAAUUGCAGCGUAAAAUUUCAUUUCUUUGGGAAUCUCAAAGAGGAGCUAAAAUGGGGAAAUUUGAAAGGAUUUUCCUGCUUCUAGCGUCUUUCCUCGUCCUCUUCAGUGUCUGUGCACGAGCUGAGGAGGAGGAUAUUGUGGAUAUGCUAUCAUCCGAUGAAAUGCUGGACAUUGAUGAGGAUUUACUGAGAACUCUGGAACAGGAACAACAUCUCAAAGAUUUAGCCCGUGAGAACCAGCAUGCUGCCAAAGAAGCCCAAUUAGCUGCUGCUGAAGUUGGACCCGGGGCACCCCCACAGAUCUCUGAUCCAUGCGCUAAAGUUCACUGCGGUGCUGGACGGAUCUGCCAGGCUGAUGGGAUGAGUGCAUCAUGUGUAUGCGUCCCUGAAUGUCCCGAUGAGGUGGAUCCCCGCAGGAAGGUUUGCACGAAUAAGAAUGAAACAUGGGCCUCUGAUUGCGAAGUUUAUCGCCAACGAUGCCUCUGUGACACAAAGGACGCCGGAUGCAUGGGCAAGGAAUUCCGUCACAUACACAUUGAUUACUACGGAGAAUGCCGCGAUAUGCCGGAAUGUACCGAAGAGGAGAUGAAUGAUUUCCCGCGUCGUAUGCGAGACUGGCUAUUCAACGUAAUGCGCGACCUGGCGGAGCGUCAGGAGCUGAAUCAGCACUACUUGAACAUGGAGAUGGAGGCCGAGAGUAACAUGACGCGUCGCUGGGCAAAUGCAGCCGUUUGGAAGUGGUGCGAUCUCGACAGUUCCAACGAUCGCAGCGUUUCGCGUCACGAACUCUUCCCCAUCAGGGCACCCCUUAUGAGCCUUGAGCACUGCAUUGCUCCCUUCCUGGAGUCCUGUGACCCCGAUGGGGAUCACAGAAUCACCCUGAAGGAGUGGGGGAAAUGCCUCGAAAUUGACGAGGGCGAGAUGAAUGAGCAAUGCGCUGAUAUUACAGCCGAUCAUGGAAAUAUGCCAUAGAUUUGCGUGUUUAGGAAGUUUCUUUCUGAGACGCAGUGUGUGCUCACCCUCAAUAGAAUUAUGUGGGGGCGCUAUGUAGCCAAAGUGCAUUUUAAUGUUAACUCUCUUUGUGGCAAUAAAUCCUCGAUAAAUUCUUCUUAAAAUUUAA